AUGGCUCUCCUCGGAUCAAACAUAGCAAGCGAGGUUGGACUCCGUUUACUCCUUUAUCCUCUUGGUUCCAACGUUGUACUUCGAACCGCAUGCUGUUCUGUGGGAGUUGCUUUGCCUGUGUACUCUACAUUCAAAGCAAUAGAAAGUAAAAACCAAGAUGCUCAACAAAGGUGUCUUGUCUACUGGGCAGCCUUCGGCUCAUUCAGCCUCGUUGAAGUAUUCACAGACAAGCUUAUUUCUUGGGUUCCCAUGUAUUAUCACGUCAAGUUUGCAUUUCUUGUUUGGCUUCAGCUUCCACCUACCAAUGGAGCUAAACAGUUAUACAUGAACCACGUGCGCCCCUUCUUGAUUAAGCAUCAAGAGAAUCUUGAUCGCGUUUUAGGCCUUGCAUAUUGUGAAGUGAUCAAGCUUGUCAGUUCAUAUCAAAAAGAGAUCCAGUCAGUCAAGAUCAUCGUAGGAAAGAUAACCAAAUCAGCUGAUAAAAUGUUGAGAAGCCCACCUACCGCAUCAGAUAGAUCGUCGCAACAUAGUUCAGUUGAUGAAUCUGUCAAGCCGCCCAAUGCCGAUCCUGACCAAGACAAUAGCUAA